GGACCCCGCCCCGCCGCGGCUGCGGGCCGGCCCCGACCCGCGGUGCCCCGGAGCUUGGACCUCAGCCGCUUGUCUCCGUCGGCCGGCCCGACUCCGGGAACGAGAAGGAAGCCUUUUCCAUCCCGUCCCGUCCGGUCCCGGCCCGGAACCCGGAACCCCAGGCGUCUCUCCGAGGAGGUCGGGCGGGGGUGGCCCGGGGAGGGAAGAGCCUUUGCAGAAAGGACGCCCCUGCCGGUCGCUGGCUGGAGGCCUCCACGGGUCCAAGUUCACUGAUGGCUCAGUUAGGAGCAGUUGUGGCUGUGGCUUCCAGUUUCUUUUGUGCAUCUCUCUUUUCAGCUGUGCACAAGAUAGAAGAGGGACACAUUGGGGUCUAUUACAGGGGUGGAGCCCUGUUGACUUCCACCAGCGGCCCUGGUUUCCAUCUCAUGCUCCCAUUCAUCACAUCAUAUAAAUCUGUACAGACCACACUCCAGACAGAUGAGGUGAAGAAUGUACCUUGUGGGACCAGUGGUGGUGUGAUGAUCUACUUUGACAGAAUUGAAGUGGUAAACUUCCUGGUCCCAAAUGCAGUGUAUGAUAUAGUGAAGAACUAUACUGCUGACUAUGACAAGGCUCUCAUCUUCAACAAGAUCCACCAUGAGCUGAACCAGUUCUGCAGUGUACAUACGCUUCAAGAGGUCUACAUUGAACUGUUUGAUCAAAUUGAUGAAAAUCUCAAACUGGCUUUGCAACAAGACCUAACUUCCAUGGCCCCUGGCCUUGUUAUCCAAGCUGUGAGAGUGACAAAGCCCAAUAUACCUGAGGCAAUCCGCAGGAACUAUGAGUUGAUGGAAAGUGAGAAGACAAAGCUUCUCAUUGCAGCCCAGAAACAGAAGGUGGUGGAGAAAGAAGCUGAGACAGAGCGGAAGAAGGCCCUUAUUGAGGCAGAAAAAGUGGCUCAGGUCGCAGAAAUUACCUAUGGGCAGAAGGUGAUGGAGAAAGAAACUGAGAAGAAGAUUUCAGAAAUUGAAGAUGCGGCGUUUCUGGCCCGGGAAAAGGCAAAAGCAGAUGCCGAGUGCUACACUGCACUGAAAAUAGCUGAAGCAAAUAAGCUGAAGCUGACCCCAGAAUAUCUGCAGCUGAUGAAGUACAAGGCCAUUGCUUCCAACAGCAAGAUUUACUUUGGCAAAGAUAUCCCUCACAUGUUCAUGGACUCUGCCAGCAGUCUAGGCAAGCAGUUUGAGGGGCUAGCUGACAACCUGGGCUUUGGCUUAGAAGAUGAACCCCUGGAAGCCACCAUGAAAGAGAAUUGAAAAAAUGAUAGUAUUUUAUACAACCACAGGUUGUGACACUUAGAGAGAUCUCUAUUUUUUAAGAUGAAACAGAAUGCUCCUUCCUCCUACACUACCUUCUUUGACUCUUCAAGUCACUGUGGUGAAAGAGAAGAAAUGGACUUAAAUUUGCCCACCUUCUGGGAAAGGAGGGUGGGAUGGAUGACUUGGGUUUUAUUCAGGUAAGUAGGGUAUAUGACUUCAGAUAAGAUGUAUAAACCAUGAAUUUGACCUCUGUCCUGCAGGCACCAAUUUUUGCCCCUUUGAAGCUGACUUAAUUAGGGAUGGUAUCACUGAGGAGUGGGGAAACUGUAGGUUGCUGCUGGCAGGUGCUUUGAUUUCCCUUAUUUGGGAAAAUGUAGUCUACCAUUCUCUCUGCCUCCAAGGAGGGAGGUGUCUGAGCAAGGUUCACAUCUGAGCAGAUACGCAGUGUGGAACAGCAGCUAAAGAGAAUGUUGCCCUCCCAGGUGUAUUUGUCGGGGCCUUGUAAGUGAAGGUAAAGGCUUUCUAGAGCCCUCCUGAGGAAGAAGCCGGUGCUGGGUUUUGCAAGGUUUUCUAUACACUCUGUUCCUUGUGCUUGGGCACAAAGUGGUGGUUUCUGACAACUUCUCCAAAGUCAGGGCUUGUUUGCCACCACACAGUUCUUUAUACAUGUCUCACCUGAUCUGUAAUUUUGGUUUGUUUGUUUUUUUCUUCUGGAAUAAUCUUUUGCUCCACAUCAAGAAGAUAGAAACAAUCAGAUGUUUUACUAACUACUAAAAUGGGAUCAUUGUACCUAUUAGCCAGUUGUAGUAGCACCUGUCUGGCAAACUGAAUGUACCUGAAGACCUAGUAAUCUUUAUUGUUAUGGAAAUUCUACCUUGUAGACCUCUGGUACUGUCUGGGGAAGGAAGAAGGGUCAGCCAUGGCUGAGUCAAUGGUUCAUGUGAGUUACCCUGGGAGAUUCAGGAUGAGAAGAACAAACACGAAACAAAUGCUAUUCAUACAUCCUAAAAUUGGGGUUGGGAACAAGGGAUCCAACCUGAAUAGUCCAUGAGUGGUGUACAUAAUGUUAAGUGGAAAGCAGCUAUUGGCAGUUAAUUUGCAGCCCAUGGGUACCUUGUGUGCUCAUGACUAGUUCUGGUUUAGGAUUAGGCCCUGUUAUUUGCUGCCCCACAUCACCCUAAAAACAGCAAACACAAAAACACCAAUAAUUUCCUUCCUGCCUAGGUGCAACUGUGAAUGAUAUUUUCUGACACCAGUUCCCACCUCAUUUUAGGUCUCGUAACUCAGGCCAGCUUGUUCAUAGUGGCACCAGACUUACCAGGAAUUAGGGUAGCAUUCAGCUUGCCUAGAAGGAUAUAAAGUAUUAAUUCCCCUUCUUUAAAUGUUGCCCUUCUCUGUUCUUAUUCCUGACACUAAAAAGUCUCAAAGUAGACAAAUGGUCUUGGUCAUUCUUUGUACAGGCAGCAAAGAAUGGAUGGAUUUUAAUAUGUUCAAGUGUUCUUGUAAAAUGAGAUUUGUCUUCCCAAGUCUAGUAUAGGGUACCAUUAUUAAAAUGCAUUCAUCUUCCUCCCAUUUCAAUGCAGCUAACCACCUGACAGGAGCAGUUUGGUAUACAGCAUUUCCCCCUUCCUAUACAUGUCAUUUCCCUGUAACUCUGAGCUCUUGCUGCCUACCUACACUUUAGAAAACAUCAGUCUACUACAGUUGAUUCAGGAGUGGAACAUCUCAGCCUCAUCUAUGAAUAGUACAUUCUUAAGUUUUUAACUGGACAACCUCCCAUUCUAAUGUCCUCUGAUAGUUUGUCCCUUGGCCACGGAAGAGUCUUGUUAAAGUCCUGCUACAGCUGCUCCCCCAUGUUAAUGUCACUUCUUCUUUCAACAAAAGAGAAUCACAUUCUCAUGCCCACCAGCAUAAAUCCAGUGGUUGUGGGUUCCUGUCAGCAGUAAAAUCAUGGAAGUCAGCUUUCUCCUUAGCAUGGGAUGACUAACCCAUCUGUCUUCGUAACUUUGUUUUUGGUUUGUUGUUGUUGUUUUAACAUUUACUAGAAAAUCUGAUCUUAACACAUUGCAAUUCUAAAUGUGUAGUAAAAUGUGAUGUCUACAAUCUUGUAGGCAAUUAAGACAUGGCUGCUAUUUAUAAGUGAAACUUCUGUCAAAAUAAGUAACUUUAUAAAUGCAGUUUUUGUAGGAUUUUCCAAGGAAUUUACCUUGGUGUAUUGUUUAUCACUAAACUUGGGAGAAGUAAUUCAUAUUCAGUACUGUUUUUAAUUACUUUUUAAAAUAUAAGGAAAAGAAUGUAAGGAAGCCAAAGUUUGUUAAUAGCUUUUAUAUAACUAAAAUAGAUUUGGAGGGAUCUGUGAUCACAUUAAGUUGAGGAGAGAAUCAUUGAAUGAAGCUUAGCAAUAUAUUGAUCUAAAAAAAAAGAUAUUUUAUAAAUGAUCUCUGACAGUUUUUGUGAGUCUAUGUGUCUUGUUAACACAUAAUUUUACCAUUUAGGUAGAGCAAAUAGUAAAAAGUAAAAUAAGCACUAUUGACUUGGUCUUUUUCAGUUUGAGGAUAAGCUGUGUCUUGACAAACAGCUACCCUUAGGAAGUUAACCACAACUUCUCCAUCCUAUUCAAUAGAUUUCUAGCCACAGUUUUUGUUUCCUUAUAAAAGUCAUAAUAGACCGUCAUACUGUGUUUUUCCAUUUCUUUUCAUCUCUGCUUUUGUGUAAGCUGGUGAUUCAAUAGUCAAAGUAAUUUUUUCAGGGUCUCAAGGGUUUAAUGACCCUCUUUGUAACUGAGAAAUAGCUCUUGUUAUAUUAAUCAUUCUACAAAUGAUACUGCUGGAUUAAUUGACAUGGGUUGACAGCUGGAAGAAUUGUUUUAGACAAUACAAAAGGUCUCGUGAUUUUAUAUCUUAGUUUUAUUUUGUCUUGUUAAAUAAAAUCAGUCUUUGUGUUUA